CAAAACAGAGGCCGCGCGCACCACAUGAUCCAACAGUGUGGUGUUUGCUGCCCUAACUAUUCGCCAGCUCUCCUCAGUUCGAUCAUCACCACUUUUUCUACGACUCGUUCAUGGUACUAAUGAUCAUAAAGGGGUUGUUUAGGAGGUAUGAGAGAUGGAACCCUGUGCAUCCCACAUCUGGAGCCUUUUGGGGCAUGGGAAUAGGCGUUGGUUGUGGAAUCGGAUGGGGUCCUGGUUUUGGCCCUGAUGUCAUCGGCUAUGUUGGUGCUGGUUGUGGUGUUGGAUUUAGUGUCGGCAUCACUCUUGCUGGCGUCGGCAUUGGUCUUCCUGCAAACCGCCUCCUAAAAGUUCCUUUUAGUGCUUUUAUGGCUACAAGAAGCGGUGCAGUUGAUUUUGCUCGAUCUAGUGGUCUUCUUGGCACAAGAAGACCAGUAGAUAUAUCUGGCAUGCAAAGGUGGAUGACUACCUUCAACCAUGAACAGUCUGUAGACAAAAGGGUAGAUUUUUCAGGCAUAAACCGAUUAAUGUCAUCAAAUGCAAAGCUGGUUUUAGAAUACUUUGACCAACUUAAAAAUCGUCGCUGAGGUAUGAAACACACCCAUCAAACCCGUUUAUUGGUUUGUAAAUUUCUGAGACGAUGCUUGCUCAAGUAACCUUCGCUAGCUGAUGCUAAAACUCGAGUGUCAAAGUUGUGAAAUACACUAGAAACAGCACGUAUACACAUCUGAAUCAUUGUUAGAAAUUAUAGAUCUGUUCGAGAUAGAAAUUCGUAUGUUGCAUAGGAGAAAGAACUUUUUAGUUCAUCAUCUUUCUUGAAACCCAAGAUUAAGUUGCAGAAUCAGACCAUCAUGUAACAAUUUUUACCUUUGUUAAAGGAUGCAACUUCCUGCUGUUUA